AUGGUGAACGGUAUCUCCCUGAACAGUAUGUUGCUUAAAGGACCGGAUUUAGUGCAGCCACUCCCAGAGAUACUCUAUGGAUUUCGGGAGCGGAAGAUUGCCGUGGUAGGAGAUAUCAUGGAAAUGUUCCAUCAGCUAAAAAUGCGACGCGAGGAUCGAUACAGUCAGCUAUUUCUUUGGCCCGGUGAAUCUGAAGCUUCUUUAAAGACCUUCGUUAUCGACGUAGCAACAUUCGGUUCGACUAGUUCUCCGUGCUCGGCGCAAUUUGUGAAGAACUUGAACGCGGCCGAGCAUGCGGAGAAAUAUCCGAGUGCAGCAGAGGCGAUCGAGCGUCGACAUUACGUCGAUGACUAUCUACAAAGCUUUGACACCGAGGAAGAGGCGUGCCGGGUUGUUGAAGAAGUUAAGUUGGUGCAUCGGCUUGGUGGAUUUACUAUCCGGAACUGGCUCUCCAAUUCAAGUAAUGUUCUCCGACGGGUCGGGGAAACCAACUCUUCUACCGUGAAGAUCGUCGACAAUGGCGGUCCCCAAAUAGAACGUGUGCUGGGCAUGCAAUGGAUGGCGAGAGAGGAUGCUUUCGUUUUCUCCAGCGAUAUCGACGUGGGUGUGGUAAACCCAACCAAGCGGAGCAUCUUGCGCUGCGUAAUGAGCCAGUUUGACCCUCUGGGACUUCUCUCGCACUUCCUCAUCCACGGACGUAUUAUCAUCCAGGAUAUUUGGCGCACGAAAGCCGGAUGGGAUGAUUCAAUCGACGAGUCAAUUCUGGAGCGGUGGCAGCUCUGGACGGCCAAGUUCAAAGAACUGGAAGUGGUGAGAAUAUCGCGUGCCUAUUUUCCAGAGGCGACGACAGCGGAUAUCGAGGAUCUACAGAUACACAUCUUUGUCGAUGGUAGCGAAACCGCCUAUGCAUGCGUUGCCUACUUCAGGGCCACCAUCAAAGGAAAUGUCCGAUGUGCCCUCAUUGGGGGAAAGGCAAAGGUAGCGCCUCUUAAAACGUUAUCAAUCCCGAGACUCGAACUACAGGCGGCACUGAUAGGAUGUAGGCUUUCGAAAACGCUCUGUAACAGCCAUAACUUGCCGAUAUCACAGCGAGUAUUUUGGACCGACUCAAAAACGGUUCUCGCUUGGAUUCACUCCGACCAUCGUCGCUAUCGACAAUUCGUCGCUUGUCGAAUUGGAGAGAUUCUCUCUAAAUCUAACCCCGAAGAGUGGAGGUAUGUUCCAUCCAAAACGAACGUUGCAGAUGAUGCAACAAAGUGGGCAAACGGACCUAAUUUGAAAGCCGACAGCCGUUGGUUCCAAGGACCGGAGUUCCUGUGGAUGCCAGAAGAAUCCUGGCCAAGACAAGCUGAAUUCGAACCAACGGAUGCAGAAGCUAGGCCUUGUCACGUCCACCUGGUGGAGCAAAACGAUAUAGUCAUCGAUUGGAAUCGCUUUUCAAAGUUUGAAAGACUUCGUCGAACAGUUGCUUACGUCCAUCGCUUCAUUGACAACUGUCGGCGUAAGGCGGCGAAACAGCCGCUGCAAUCAUCGCAUAUAACAUACGAUGAACUCAACAUGGCAGAAAAUUCUUUGUGGCAAUUGGUGCAGCAAGCAGAGUUUCCAGACGAAAUACUCCAGCUCCGGAAAGCGAAUGAAGGACGGAUGAGGAAACAAAUUCGAACGAGUCGGCUCUACAAAUUAUCACCAUUCCUCGACGAGCGUGGUGUAGUUCGAAUGGAUACAAGGUUAUCCGGAGCAAUCUUUGUUCCCUACGAUACAAAAUUCCCAUAA